GGCUUGUACUACUCAUACUACAAGACAAUCAUCAAUGCGCCGUCGUUCUACAAUGGCCUUCUGCAGAUAACAAACGACAACGUGACGGAAUACGGACACACCAUUAACACGUUGAAGCGAUUCAAUCUUUAUCCAGAGUAA